GACCUUAACGAAAUUGCUUGAAAGUAGUUUGGAGGGAAAAGCUUUGCUUAGUAUUCCAAAAACCAGUCCACUUGAAAACUUGUCACGAAUGCGUCUUGUACGUAUCAUAGGAAAACACAUCCUAAAAACACAUCCCGAAAGGAACAUCACUGCGGCUAUUUAUAGUUAUUGGGCGAAUCAGAUUAUUGAGCUGUUCAAAAAAGAGCAAAGGGCAGUGUAUUUACAUACAAAGUUGGUUGAGUCCACUCGCGGUAUCACCAACAGGUUGGUGGGAAAACUCCCAGACCAGAUACAUAACCUAAAAAGAAAAUACAGGGAGUCGGGAAUAAUAACAAAACGACCAAAACUGGACCCACCAACAACGCCCACUUCAUCUCGUUGCUCAUCACCAUCAUCGCCAGCAUCACCAUCAUCGCCAUUAAGCCGUUUCGAUGAUAUUGAUUCUGAGGCUGAAAAAGAAUGCAGCGAAAGCCUUGAGUGGCUUAAGAAUUCAAGCCAUCCCUGGGAAUCUGUUGAGCAAAAAUGGGAGGAAACCUCAAGCGUUCGGUUAAGCCACCUCAAAAACCAGAGUAUUGAUGAGUACUUCAAAGAGUAUCCAGCCCUGCAGAAACCAACAGGCUACAUUUUGCUUUUACAAGAUUUCAAAACAUGCUACCCAGCAAAUUUUAACGGGCUUUUUGAAAAUUUUCCUUCCUACAAAAAGGAAAUUUUUAAAGUUGCUUCAAACCGGCCGAAUAAAGAUAAAUUUAUUAAAAUCUUACUUUCACUCGAAAAUGUUUCCGAGGAGGUAGAAAAUCUAGCAGCUUUCCUGCUAAUUCCAUCGCUUCUUUCAGUCUGCACCAUUAGAUUGAAGGGCAACGCCAAGAAAGUGUGGAGGCCUUCCAAAUCCGAAGUAAGAGAUGGUUUUAUCCUGCAUGUGAGGAGUGAUGCCGACAUCGAAGCACAUAUAAUAAAAAGGAAAACUAAAUUAGCCGAAUUCAACCUGACCCUGCAGCCACUUAUAAUUGUGGUAGGUGAAUCACUCAAAGAAGUGCAAAGUUAUAUUGUUGUUGUAAACACAACAAAGUACUUUUUUAAUCAUAUUGUUGAGGCAGUUGAUUCCUUUUUAAAAAUAAUAUUCACUUUAAAUGCUAAGUUUUCAGAAGAAAGUAAAAGUGCUUGGUUGGUGAUCCAACAAGGUUUUUAUAAAAUAAAAACUAAUUUUGACAAAACACCCACAACCACCAGCACACUUUUAACUGAACUUGGUAUUUAA